AUGUCGGCGGCAGAGACCAUGGGCGACCGCGCCGCGAUGAAGCAGUACUGGGAGGAGCACACGAAGGAGUGUUCCGUGCAGGAAAUGAUGCUCGACUCCCAGGCCGCAGAAAUCGACGAAAUGGAGCGACCGGAGAUCCUCGGCCUCCUCGGCGACGUCUCGGGGCGGCGCAUCUUGGAGCUUGGGGCAGGCAUUGGGCGCUUCACGGCGCCACUCGCCACCAAGGCGAAGCACGUCACCGCGGUGGACUUCAUGCCGCACCUGAUCGAGGAGAAUCGCCGGCUGAACGGCGCGGCGCACAAGAACAUCGACUUCCUCGCCGAGGACGCCACCGCGCUCGAACUCCCGCCCAACUCCAUCGACCUCUUCUUCUCCAACUGGCUGCUCAUGUACCUCAGCGACGCCGAAGUACAGUCCCUCAUGACGCGCGCCCUCAAGUGGACGGCCCCGGGCGGCCGGCUCUUUUUCCGGGAAUCGUGUUUCCGCCAGUCGGGGGACAAGAGGCGGGGGUUCAACCCGACAAAGUACCGCGACCCCGCGCAGUACUUCGCGAUGAUGGACGCCGCGAGCCACGACCUCGGCGGGGGGCGCGAGGCCCGCUGGGAGCUCGAGGUGUGCCGCUGCGUCGACACGUACGUGCAGCUGAAGCAAAACCAGCACCAGAUCUGCUGGCGGGCGCGGCGCGUCGAGGUGGAGAUUGGGGAGGAUCCCCCGCGGACGAAGUGGCGCCGCGACCUCGACCACCGGCAAUACACCCCCCGGGGUCUCGCGCGGUACCAGGCGGUGUACGGGGAGGGCUACAUUGGCCCGGGUGGGCAGGAGGUGACCGCGGAGCUGGUCGGGCGGCUCGGGCUGUCCGAGGGACAGAAGGUGCUCGACGUCGGGUGCGGCGUCGGGGGCGCGGCGCUCUACAUGGCGGAGCGGUGCGGCGUGGAAGUGCGCGGCGUGGACUUGUCCGUCAACAUGAUCGUGGCGGCGCUGUCGACGGCUGGCGGCCGCGGCGCGAAGGUGUCGUUCGAAAUCGCGGAUAUCGUGCUGCGGGACCUCCCGGACGGCGCGUUCGACGCGGUGUUCAGUCGGGAGGCCCUGCUGCACAUUCCGGACAAGCUCGAGGUGCUCAAGAAGUGCUACCGGUGCCUGCGGCCCGGCGGCACGCUGCUGCUGACGGACUACUGCGACGGGUCGGCGGGGGUCGCGGGGGGCGACGAGGCGUUCGCGGGCUACGUCAGGGACCGCAAGUACAGCCUGGAGACCCUCCAGGGGUACGAGGGGCUGCUGCGUCAGGAGGGAUUCACGGAGGUGGUGGCCGAGGACUGGACGGCGCGGCUGAUCGGGACGCUGGACGCGGAGCUGCACCGGAUGUCGGCGAACAAGCAGCAGUUUGCGCGACAGUUCUCACUCGAGGAGUACGACGCGAUUGUUGCGUCCUGGAUGUCGAAGCGGCGCAACGCCGAGACGGGCAGCCACCGCUGGGGGCUGUUCAUCGCCCGCAAGCCGGCCGCGUAG